ACACUUUGGCACAUUCAUUGAAGCGAACUAACGUACGCAGUACGCCUUUGUCGGCGGCUACAAAGAUUGGCUACAAUAAAGCUGAGCUGCUGUCAAUGGGCGCCCAGGCGACUCAGCAGCACAAAAAAUCUGAUCUGGACCAGCUAUUCGAUGAGCUACCCAACGUACCGCGUUAUGUGGACAAUGACUCCGAAACCGUGCGCUCCAUUCGAGCAGACAUGCAGCGUAUGUCUCUUAGUCGUCCGUCCACUGCGACUGCAACCAGCGAACCAGCGACAAAGGCUGCCCAACCGAUUCAGCUAACCAAAACCCCAACACGUACCGAAACGGCACGGCCAUCUGCUGAAGCUAAAUAUGUGGUCGGCGUUGAGGCGAUCGAUGUGGCAUUCGCCCCUAGUGCACCGCCGGGUAGUCCAAGUCUGUCGCGUUGCACUCAGUAUAACUACAUACCCUCGGGUAAUUUGCGCUUGGAGUCUGUCCGACCACCACUGGAGUACAUAUCUCCGCCGCCAUUCUUCGAUCAGGGGCGCUCUCCACCUUAUUAUGAUUGGGCUAUUGGAGCUCCAAGAUCGCAGCCGCAGCCCAAGGAGAAGAAGAAAAGCACUUGUGCUAUAUCAUAAUUGCACAUAUAUAUUAAGAUUAUGUUGUUUUUUUUUUUUCAUGAAGCAACAUAACUACGAGGACUACACAGGACAAUUGAGUACUUGUGUUAACCUCUUUGGACUUUUGCUGUAUGUCGCAUGCUGCAAUCGAUUGCAUUCUGUCGGUCAGUCUGCAUCAGUUGCAAUAUAUUUCAUGCAGCAAAAAUUUUAAACGAAUUUUCAGUAUAUAAACGGCAAAUUCGCAUUUGCUGAAUAAACAGUAUUAAUGGCGUUUUGAAUGCCAAUUGUUAAUUCGUCAGAUGCGAUUUUGUGUGAGUAUAUAUAUAUAUAUAUAUAUAUACAUGUACAUGUCGAUGAAUCCCAAUGAAUUUCAUCCAUGUGCAUGUUCACUAAAAGACAAAGCUAAUUUGCUUAACAAAUUGAUUCUUUUUCGAUAUUUAUAAUUUGAAAUUUCCAAAUAAAGAUAAGGGUUGGGGCUUUGAAUUGUAUGUGGCUCAUUUUAUGCUCCAUUGUCAAACUAAUUCAUCCCUUUGAAAUGAUGAGAAAAAAGAAUUGCAACAUUAAAGUAUAUCUGAACUAUCCAUUUAAUAACCGAUAAUUAACCAGUUUGUAUUUUUUUAAUAUAAGAAAGAUGGAAGGAAAUCUGAUCUAUGUUACCCGAAAUCUGCAAUAAACUAUAUUUUUUGAGUAAA